AUGUCACCAAGACCAUCACUUAAUCCUCGGGACUUCAUCUCACCCAGUCCCUCCCCGUCCUCCCCAAGAUCCACCAGCUUCACAUCCAACCACUCUCUCCCUUGGAUAAUCAUCGGCAUAGUCGUCGGCCUGACCGUCCUCGCUACCUCAACAACCAUCAUAAUCAUCUACUACAACCGACGCCAACGCCAACGCCAAAAACAAAACAAUCCAAACCACACAACCCCAAGCCAGUCUCAGCUAAUAACACCAACACCAACACCAUCAACAACACAACUCCAACCACAGCAACAACAAACCCCCCCACUAAACCUCAGCUUCCUCCGACGAGACAACAGACGAAAAGAUUCAGCGGCCACCCAGAGAUUUGAGCAAGAAGAGCUCCAACGCGCCUCCAUGAUCCGCAAGUCCUACGCUUCUCGAUCAUGGAACUCCUUGUCGCUAGAUAGCCAAAUGUCCCUGUCUAUGAGCCAGCUAUCACCCACACGAACAGUCGGCACGCUGGGUACUUACUAUGGGAGCAGUAGUCGAGUGAACACGUUGGAGAGGGUCAACACCACCGAAAGGAUGAUGAUGACCGACAACACAUAUAACGAGCAACAAAACAUGAGGGAUAUGAAGGUGGACGAAGAUGGCUUGGAAACACCCACUACGCCAACAGAAUUGAGAGGGACGACAGCAACGGAAGACAGAGGAGGCAGAGGAACAGCUACUAGCAGGCUGAAGGAUGACUGGAAGGCCUGGGAGGCUAGGGUGAAACUGGAGCGGUCGGUGUCGGGGGAGUUGCAUCCUGUUUAUACCGCUGCUGCUGAUGCAGGGACUGAGACUGAGACUGCGAUCUAUGGGACUGAGUGUGGCGGCGUGGCAAGGACGGUGAAGGCUGGUGAGGUGCCAAUUCCACCUAGGCAUCCGGGCAGGAUAGAGAGUCCUUCUAUGAUGUGA